CAACUUAUCAGAGUUUGCUGAAGAUAACGAUAUUCAAUUAAUGCCUUCUCGAAUCAUUACUGACUUCGAGUUGGCACCUAUCAACACAUCUCAUCAUGAAUUCCUGGAUGCAGUUCAAAAGGCAUUCGUUCCAGCUCAAGAAAUUUCUGCCACGUUUGAAAUUCUGAAGGUAAGUAUGUCUUCAGAGGCAAGUAAUAUAACUCAGUGGUUAGAGGAAUAUUAUGUCCUUAGAAAAGUACGAUAUCGAUCACGUGAUAAAACUGUAGCAACUCGUGGCUUGCCUUUAUUUCCAUCAAGUUUAUGGUCUAUUUAUGAUUCAAUCGAGCUAGGUGUUCUGAGAACGCAGAAUGUCGUGAAGGCCUGGCACCAUUGUUGGAAGACAUUAGUUGGAGGAUUAAAUGUCGAACAAAUACUUCGUGGAGAGCAAAGACCUAAACCAAAAAAAU